AUGAUCAUCACCACCAGCUGGUCGCCAAACUCCCCGCCCCGCCCGCAGCUACACCGCCCACCUGCGAAGCCCCCCAAACGCCCCGGGAGACGCAGCGGCCGUUUCUCAGCCCGGCGCCCCGCCCCCACUCUGCACCCCGGACCCCAGGUCGGGGCGCCCCAAGCCCCGGGCUCCACCCCGCCGGGACCUCCCCUCAGCCGCCCCGCCGCAGGUCCCGAGACCCGGCCCCCCCCCCCGCGUUCCCGGAACCGCUCCCUCCGUCCGUCCGCCCGCAGACCCCCCCCCCCGCCGGGGGCCACAGACAGACAGCCAGGCGUCGGGACACCGGGGACGCCUGCGCAGAAGCACCCGCCCCGCAGCCGCCCGGCCCCUCGGCCGCCGAGAGUAACAAUACCCCCUCGGACGGACGCGCAGGGGAGCCGGCGCGCGCGCCCCGACGACGCCCCGGCGCGCCCCCGCGGAGCAGCCCCCGCGGGCGCUGACAGGGUCGCCUCACCUGAGCCUCGGGGCUCCGCCCCCCCUUCUCAAUGGAGGCGUCAGCCACCUCCUUCAGUCCGUUCGCCACCGGACUCUGAGAACCCCGCGGCCGCGGCAGACAGUAAACGGAAGUGA